CGGGACAAACCAAGAGGAUGGUAGUCUAUCUAUGCAUGGCAUUGGUGCCGAGAAAGGACCCUUGCCCGGGGGUCAACGUCAUUCCUCUGGGCGCCGAGCCGCGCCCGGCCCCCGCCAAGUAUGCAGGUGUCAACAUCCAUGCAUUUCCGUGUGUGGGGUGCGGACCAGCAAUCCCUAGCCUCUUCGCUUCGGAUCUCUUUCCAAUCAUUCAUUCUUGGGUGGGAUUUUUUUUUUUUGGAAUUGAGCAUUGUUGCGGUUGGUCCCACGUUGUUCAUGGUGGCUGCUGGUAUAGCCUUUUACUUUCACUCCCCUACUUUUGGUUCAAUACUAUCUUUAAUACUACAUCUUUUCUUUUGUUUGGGUCUGGUUGUUGGUUUUCAUGGGUCUUUCUCCAGUUUUGGACUGCGUGACUCCCCUGCAUGGACUGAUUAUUGGUUAUCUUAAGCGACAAGCGUUUUGCCCAUUGAAAGAUAGCAUUCAUUGGCGAGGUGCACGGAAUUUGGCUAAUAAUUGUUGCCUACUUUUGAUGUUUCUGUUUAGUUUUGGCCAGGCUUGCUGUGUUCUGUUGGCACCUGGACUGCAUUACACUUGGGCUUUAUGCUUGAUAAUCAAUCUACACCAAAUCUCUGGAAAUGAA